AUGAACGAUUCUACCAAGGAAACCAUCAUGAAGGUGUUUGACGUCUCGAAGCAGAUUGUCCACUGGGGAUUUAUUCCCUUUGUUAUCUACCUCGGUUUGACCCGUAGCAACCCCAGACCUUCUUUGUUGAAGCUCAUCAGUCCUCUUGCUUAA